AUGCAGGCUGUGGGCGGGGCCCGGGUGCCCGCAGUGGUCAUUGCCAGUGGGAGAGCUGCUGCUCCUCUUCAGACACUGAACCCACAGCUCAGGAGGCAACUGAGUAUCAAGGUGCAUGAGCGUGGAGACCCUGGUGUGCAUGUCUUCUCUUGUGAUGCAUCAGAGAAAGUCUACUCAUGUGACCAGGAGAGGCAGAGUGCCCUCGAAGAGGCUCAGCAGAAUCCCCGUGAGGGCAUUGUCAUCCCUGAGUGUGCCCCUGGGGGGCUCUAUAAGCCAGUGCAGUGCCACCAGUCCACUGGCUAUUGCUGGUGUGUGCUGGUGGACACGGGGCGCCCACUGCCUGGGACUUCCACACGCUACGUGAUGCCCAGUUGCGAGAGUGAUGCCAGGGCCAAGAGUGUGGAGGUGGACGACCCCUUCAAGGACAGGGAGCUACCAGGCUGUCCAGAAGGGAAGAAAAUGGAAUUUAUCACCAGCCUACUGGAUGCUCUCACCACUGACAUGGUCCAGGCCAUUAACUCAGCAGCGCCCACUGGAGGUGGGAGGUUCUCAGAGCCAGACCCCAGCCACACCCUGGAGGAGAGAGUGGUGCACUGGUACUUCAGCCAGCUGGACAGCAACGGCAGCAGCGACAUUAACAAGCGGGAGAUGAAGCCCUUCAAGCGCUACGUGAAGAAGAAAGCCAAGCCCAAGAAGUGUGCCCGGCGGUUCACCGACUACUGUGACCUGAACAAGGACAAGGUCAUCUCACUGCCCGAGCUGAAGGGCUGCCUGGGUGUUAGCAAAGAAGGUGAUAGCCCUGGCAGCUUCCCCCAGGGAAAACGAGCAGGUGCAAACCCAGACGCCUCGUCUAAGGAGCAGAAAAUCAAAGGGCAAGUGAAGAGUCCAGGGAGACAGGACGGACCAUCAGACACCCAACCUUCAGCGUUGCCCACUGCCCAGCCACAUCCCAUGUAACAUACGUGGUGCCCACCAUGUUUGCACUUUUAAUAACUGUUAUUUGCGUGUUUUGUUUCUGAUUUCAUUUUUAAACGCCGAUAUCUCAUACCACAGUGGGAAAAGAAAAGGGAAGAAAGACUGUGUAUUCGCUCAUUGUAAGUUUUUGGAUCUGCUACUGACAACUUUUAGUUUUUUGGGGGAGGGAGGAGAGGGUGUUGUUGGGACUGAGAAGAAAGAGAUUUAUAUACUGUAUAUAAAUAUAUAUGUAAAUUGUACAGUUCUUUUGUACAGG